CUGAGAGCGGAAGUAGAACAAACAGGAUUUGUUUAUAUCCAUGACAUGCUAGCGAUAAUUUAACAAAUUUGUGAAAUAUGGACGGUUUACAGAGGCACAGGUCUUUGUAUAAGUGCAGAACCCCACCAUGGAAGGAAACAUACAGAAAGCGUUGUGUGGAAAGGUUGAAGAACAGCCGGUUGAGGUUACUGGAGAAGUACCGUCAGAUGGGAGACACCACACAGAGCUCUCUGCUCGUCCAGGAAGUGAUGGAGAUGGAGUGGAGCGCCCUGCAGUCAGCCAACCAAAGACUACCUUUGUUGUGGAAGAAAGACAGCAUCAGUGAUAUGUACAGAGGUGCGCAGGAAGACGAUGAAUUGGUUGUUCUAGAGGAAAUCCAACAGGAACUUGUAUCUCAAGAGCUGUCGAUCAUUGAAGAAUACCACAAAAGCCAGCAGUAUGAAGAAAAGUACUUUGACUCUGUUGUGGAUGGAAUAGAGGAAGAAGGAAAGCUCAUCUGCCCUGUAUGUCAUGCGCAUAACCUGACAGUGAACAGCCAUUUCACAUCCUGUCCAUGUGGCCUUUAUAUCAACACAGUGGGAAGAAAUAUAACUGCAGAUGUGCUCCAGUAUCUGCUUGAGAUGAGGGUCACAGAACAUCUGGAAGACUGCCUCCAGAACCCCAUAUUCUCAGUAGCAGCAAAUGUGGAUGGAGCACCCAACCUUAUGAUAAGCUGCCAGGCAUGUGACUAUCUCUCCAUCGUCCUGUGACUCCGGUACAAUGGCCACUGCCUGUUUGUGUCCUGUAUUUUAUUUCUGUGAAAUAAAGAUGACUUAUUUAACAUCA